AAACAAUAUUGUGUUUAUGUGUGUCAGUGUGGCUUAGGAGAGGAGGGACAUAUCUCGUGAACAGAUUUUAUGAUUUUUUGUACUUAGAUGUUUAUUAUGUAGAUGGAACACUAUUAUGCUAUAAUUGCAGGAAAAUCAUACACAAUAUGAUAAUGAAUCCAUAAUAUUAUGAUAACAAAUUAUGAGAAUCAAACUCGACAAGUUGAUCCAAAGUUAUGUCAAGACGAAAGUUUGCCUUGCUCACCGCAUGUGCGAUCUGUUGAUUAUUAUAGAUGGGCGCGGGUUUUAAGACCUUCUUGCUGGAAUGGUAGUCGAUUAACUGUGUCUAGAUGCAAAAUGUUUCAUUUCACAUGCAGAGUACGGAUUCAGCUACAGACACGGAAACGCUUUGUAUCGCAACUGGUGAGAAUGGAGAAACCAUGUAUCUUGGCCACCUCCCUAGGAGCACCAGGAGGGAUAUACCGCUGCUUUGCUCCCAUCAUCCAGGAGCACUUCACAAUCAUCUCUCACGAUGAGUUCCUUAAAGACCAGAAAAUGUUUGCAGAUAAAUUGAAGGCAGUGUUUGUCUGGGGGGCAGCCUUGGAAGUGGACAAAAACUUGCUGCAGUCUCUACCAAACCUGAAGGUGGUUGUAAAUGGAGGGGUGGGGGUGGAUCAUUUAGACAUUCCUAUGAUCAACAGCUAUGGGGUGAAAGUGUGCAACACACCCCAUGUGGUUGACAAUGCCACUGCAGACCUGGGCAUGGGCCUAAUGCUUGCAUCUGCUAGGAAAAUCCUGGAAGGUCACCAGUUCACAAUGAGCCAUGAGACAGAACUUCUCCCAGAGAGCUCAUUGGGGGCCGAUGUGAGCGGAGCCACACUUGGUAUUGUAGGAAUGGGUCGAAUCGGUUACAAAGUGGCCAAGAGGGCUUACGGCUUUGACAUGAAGAUCCUCUACCACAACAGGAACCGCAGGCCAGAGGAGGAAGAGAGAGUGGUUGGGGCCACCUACUGCCCCAUCCUGGAGGAUCUGCUACGUAGGUCAGACUUUGUCAUGGUGGUGGUGAACCUGUCUCCUCAGACACGCGGUCUAAUAGGAGCCAAGGAGCUGGCCAUGAUGAAGCCUACCAGCACAUUGAUCAACAUCAGCAGAGGGCACGUUGUGGACCAAGAGGCCUUGGUGGAGGCCCUACAAAGAAAGGGGAUCAGAGCAGCAGCACUGGACGUCACGUACCCUGAACCCCUACCCACAGGCCAUCCCCUGGCAGCCCUCCCCAAUGUGAUCAUCCUGCCCCACCUGGGCACCCACACACUGGAAACCAGUGGCAUCAUGGUCCAGAGAAUGGUGACCAACGCCCUAGCGGGACUGUCGGGGACCACACCCCCUGAUGAGGUCAAAGCUUAGGCUGUAAAGGAGUCUAAUGAGGGGGCUGAAAACCUGUGUAGCCUUGCCCUUCUUACCACAGCGAACACUGCAAAACCCUUAUACCAUUCACAUCAAAGAGCUUAUGCCCUGACACCUUUUUAAUGAAAAACACAGUAACUAUCACUAUAAUUGAUCAUUAGUGUUAUAGAUUAUUCCUAUAUACAUCAGUAAAUGUUUUCAUUGCUCUUUAGAGAGGAGUUGCGUAGGGGAGGUUAACGCCUAUUAUGGUGUUUUCACCCAUUUCAGAAAACUUGCAGCAGGAUUAUGUCACUGUUUUCUGUCAUUAAUUUAUUAGAAUUUAUACAAAGCAAAGUGUAAUAUAGCGCUGAUUGUUCUCAUAUAAAUAAAGAUGAAUUCAGGCAUUUUUUGCCUGAAUAAAUGGUUGAAUAAGUGCAAGCGCAUGGAAGAUGUUAAGCUGUGAAGUCACCAACAAGAAGAAAUUGAUCUAAAUAGUACUGCUUUUGUAAUGUUAUACCAUAUUACAAGUAUAUGUCUUUAGACAUUAGAUAAUUUUGUUCAAUGCUACCAAUUUUGCUGUGUGCUUCCCAUCUUGUCUUUUAACUUAAGGUAGGCUAGGUGACAAGAUUUAUGUUUUUGUUUUUGAUAUUGCUGUACAAUCUCCAUUGAAUAUUACAUAUGGGUAAAGGCUUGAGACUUGACCAAAGUUUUUGUUGGAGGGGUAGUUAUUUAACUGCUUGGAAUGGAAAAUGUUUCACCAAGCUAAACAAAUCAUUGAUUCCAAAGUUGUCAGGGAGGCAUGUAUAGGUAAGGCAACUAACUUUAUCAAUCUAAGAAGUACUUUCCAUGAAUGUUUCAAAGAUGCAAAGAAUGAUUCGAUUGCAGAGUUAGUGGUCAGGAUGUGUAAAAAAAAAAAAAGACUUUAAAAUAAGAUACCUUCUUGAUUUGGAAUGAAAAAUAAGUUAAAAAAAUAAACCUAUCUUUAUGUUUUCCUAUACUGCUAGGACCUACUAGAA